AGUGUUAGGGCUCGCGACCUCCACUUCUCUUCCCGCCGCCCUCUUCUCCUCUUCCCCGAUCCCGCUGCUGUUGAUCCUCUCCCACUUGCCGCACGCCGUCUACUGCGCGCCGUCCAUCUCUUUCCGGGCUAUUAGAAGCAAAUUUCAAUAGAGAUAGCUCGUGUUGAGGGAAGUUACAAGUCCAAUAUGGUUGCACUCAGAGGUAAAGAACUUCAAGUUAAUGAGGAAGAGUUAGAGGAUAGCAAUGUGGGUGAUGUUGAUGAUGAAGAAUUUGAAUCAGAAUCAGAAUCUGAACCUGAAGAAGUGGCAGUGAGUGAACCUGCAAAGAAUGCUGUUUAUAACAAAGAGGCCCUUCUUGAAAAGCUCGAUGAUAUAGCUUGGCCGCAAAACGUUGAAUGGAUCCACAAGCUAACUGUUGAUCAUGCUGUGGACCAAGAGGUUGAUGUAAAUGAUGAUCUGGCACGUGAAUUGGCAUUUUAUACCCAAGCAUUAGAUGGCACCAGACAGGCCUUUGAGAAAUUACAGUCAAUGGGGAUUCCAUUUCUUAGGCCACCAGACUACUACGCAGAGAUGGUGAAGAGUGAUGCCCAUAUGUUGAAGGUGAAAGGCAAGCUCUUGGUUGAGAAGAAGAAGAUUGAAGAGGCUGAAGAGAGGAAGAAAGCAAGGGAAGCAAAGAAACUGGCUAAAGAGGUCCAGGCCCAGAAGACUAAAGAGAGGGCUAAGCGCAAGAAAGAGGAUAUUGAAUCAGUUAAGAGAUGGAGGAAACAGCGGCAGCAAAGUGGCUUUGCUAGAGGGAAGGAUGAGGAACUGGAUUUGUCUCCGGACGAGGAAAAGAGCUUUGAGAAGUCGAAGAAAAGACGCACAGGGGUGGCUCCUGGCGAUAGGUCUGGAGGGUUCAGAAGGAAAGGAGGCAAUGAGAAAGGUAGGAAGCAAAGGGAAUUUAGAGAAGCUAAGUUUGGUCAUGGAGGAAGGAAAGGUAUGAAAAAGCAGAAUACAGCUGAGUCCACAAAUGACUUCAAAGGCUUCAACAAGGACAAAUUCUCUGCAAGCAAAAGACAGAAAAAGUGAAAUACUAGGCCAAUCUUUCUGCGAAAUUUGAGCCCCAAAAUUUAGUGUAGGAUUAUAAUUCUGCGUUCUGCAUGAGAAUUUUGAACUUGAUCUUACUAGGAAAUUCCAUCCCAUGUUUGUCUGUGGAAGGGAAAAUUUAUUAUCGUGGGAAUUGGUAACGUGUCUGUACUCAAUUUUAUCACUUAUGUAGUUUGUUUUCAUUUUUCGAACAUAUCUGGUUAUUUUUCUAUUAUCCAAUCAACAUAGGACUUUUGGUUCUACUCAA